ACCGUGUGCGAGGAGGAGCGCAGAGAGGAGGUAGCUCUUGUCGCAGUGCGUGAAUGCAGAGGGUGGCGAGACGCGCGGGCGGGUUUCGUUCUUUGGGCUGCAGCAGCGUCAUCCGCAGCUUCCCGUCCCAGAGUCCCGCCGUCAGACGGGUCAGUGGAGCGGAGUGGAGCAGCCCGCUGCUUGGCUGGCUCUUAGGAGCUGCAUGUCAGAGCAGAGACCCCUCAAGCAGUCCCUGAGCAAGUCCCUGUGCCGGGAGAGCUUCUGGAAAUGCCUCCUCCUGUCCGUCCUCAUGUACGGCUGCAUGGGCGCCAUGGUCUGGUGCCACGUCACCAAGGUCACCCGCCUCACCUUCGACAGCGCCUUCAAAGGGAAGUCCAUGAUGUACCACGACAGCCCCUGCUCCGACGGCUACCUCUACAUCCCCGUGGCCCUGCUGGCCAUGCUCUACCUGGUCUACCUGGUGGAGUGCUGGCACUGCCAGGUCAAGAGCCGGCUGCAGCACCAGCUGGACGUGGAGGGCAUCUACGAGCGGAUCCAGAGGAUGCAGCGGGCCAAGCCCUGCAUCUGGUGGAAGGCCAUCAGCUACCACUACGUGCGGCGAACCCGGCAGGUCACCCGCUACCGCAACGGCGACGCCUACACCAGCACCCAGGUCUACCACGAGCGCGUCAACACCCACGUGGCCGAGGCGGAGUUCGACUACGGCCACUGCGGCGUCAAGGACGUCUCCAAGCUGCUGCUGGCGCUGGAGAAGUCGCCGCUCACCAAGAUGCGCUUCACCAAGUGUUUCAGCUUCGCCAACGUGGAGUCGGAGAACUCCUACCUGAGCCAACGGGCGCGGUUCUUCACCGACAACGAGGGCCUGGACGACUACAUGGAGGCCCGGGAGGGCAUGCACCUGAAGAACCUGGAGCUGAAGGAGCACGUGCUGGUGCUGGCCGACCCGCAGCGCCUGCCCUGGUACCUGUCCCAGCCCGUCUUCUGGAUGGCUUCCUUCCUCACCUUCUCCUGGCCCCUCAGGGUCUUCACAGAGUACCGCACCGCGUACGUCCACUACCGAGUGGAGAAGCUGUUCGGGCACGACUACCUGCCGGCCACGCCGUGUGAGGACAGGCCGUACUGGCGCCGCAUCCCCCGCGUCAACACGGUGGACAGCACCGAGCUGGAGUGGCACAUUCGCUCCAACCAGCAGCUGGUGCCCAGCUACUCGGAGGCCGGGCUGAUGGACCUGGCGCAGCGGCCGUGCGGGCGCUGCCACAGAGCCGUCAGCUGCUCCUCCGUCUUCUCGCGCAGCGCCCUCAGCGUCUGCGCCGGCUCCCGCCUCCCCUUCAGCAGCAGCCGCUUCUCGCUGGCGCGGCGCCACGGCUCCCGGCGGAGCUGCUUCUGGAGGAGCGGCAGCUUGGACGAGCAGGAGAGCCCCGGCGAGAACACGCGGCUGGCGGCUGAGGAGGAGGAGGAGCCUCCGCUCUACGAGGACGCGCUCUGCUACCCGGUGCUGAUCGUCCACUGCAGCGAGAGCUGCCACAACCACAGGUCCUUCCACCGGAACGGCGCCUGCGUGGAGACGUCCCUAUGACGGCG